CGGAAAAAAUUAUGUGCCGCACUACUCGUACUCCCUCAUGAUUCCUUGACAACGGUUCGCUCAAUACAACGGUACACAAUUCUUUGUUUUUCGUCUGGUGAUCGCAAAGAAAGAUCAUGGCAUGUUAGUCAAAUGGACAUGAUUCAACCGCUAACCCUUCCGUCCUUUCCCCAGGGCCAACUCCGAACCUUACCCAAAGAAUGAACAGGCAAGACGUUACGACGGCAACAAGAGCAAUCGACCGGCAGCUGUCGCCUCUAGAGGCCAAAACUAAGGCCAUAGUCGCUAAGAAACAUGAAUUUCCGGAGAAAAUCCGACCAUCUAUCGACGAGGCCCUGCGGGACAACCUUGAGCCAGCAGCCUUUCUCUCGAGCGUUGAGAAACGAUUGACAGAACUGAUCUGGGCGAACUGGAAUGUCCGGGGCGACAUCGACGAGUCAAAGGGCCUCAACCGAGAUCGCGACACAGAAGCCCAGGUCGAAACUGCGCUGCGUUUUUUCCCGAGGGUGCUGUUCACAAAACACGAGGACCAUGUAUACCCCAUCUGGGCACAGAUCGCUACUCGAGAGGACAAAUGCAACAUAAAAGCCGCAUUCUUUGUUCCGUUGUUCGCGAAGCUAGGGAUCGAGCUGGGUCUCUUCGAGAAGGAGAAACGAGGGGGGCUGCUUUCCGUGAAACAUUCUGCGCCUAUAAAUGUACUCGAAUCGCUUUCUACGGGACAGCCCAAUAGGGCCUAUCGAGACGUCAAGCACCUCCGUCUGGCAGACGAAACGUACCUCGAUGUCUUGCACCGAUUGCGACUGGUGGGCCUCUUCCGAAAGGAAGAUAUCGCCCGCUACCACCUGAUUCACAGGAACUUAGCCUACGGUUACGGUUUCUUCGAGCAACAAUUCCGCUACCUGAUGGAUUGGGAUCCGACCUCGUUCAUGUCUUGCCGCUGGGGCGGCUGCCUACCAAUCCACACUGCAACCUGUGCUUAUUACCUAUACCAAUCGAGCGGCAACGAGAAAAAAUUUCGCACUAUUUUCGACAUUGGCCUGCGGCAUUUUCCAAAGGAAAUGGGAGGCUUGUUCCACCUGGGAUCCUACGACAUGACACCAUGGAACCGCAUGGACGGGGGGCACCGGGAAGGGCUUCUCGAAGCCGUCUUUUCCCGCCACGGAAACAACGUAAACCUCCUCCUCGAGUCGUUGGUGUACGCCUCGUCCGAGGAAAUGGUCCACCUGGACGCCGUAUUUUUGCUAUUACAAAGGAUACUUCAGAUAGAAACAUCCGUUGUACCAUGCAUCGAGGGUUAGGGAUGAUUGUGAGUAAAGUACGAACUACGAAUAAUACACAAUGCAACAAGCCUUGCUGGCUUGGAUAAUGAUACUAUUGGUAAAAUAAUUUAAAUUCUUAUUU